UGCUCCAAACUGGGCAGCGUGACCGGGAUCCUGGACCUGACCUGGGAAGGCUGGGACCCCGCCAAGACACUGGCAUCCCAGCAGGGCCUGGUGUACUUGCACCUGGAUGUCACGAACCGCCAAUACGUCCAGGCGGCGGAGAAUUACCUCUACAGUCAGAACGGGAGCGACGCCGCCCUCAUAUUCGGCAGCCAAUCCGAGUCGGACCAGAGCCUGUACUACAUCAUCGGCAACAGUCUCCUCCGCGUGAUGGUGCUGAACCGGCUGGACGAAGCCGGCUCCGCCCGCCUCCGGAGACUCAAGCCCACGCCGGCCUACUACGCCAUCUUCGCCGGUCGGACCGACAUGCAGAGCAUCUUCGCGGACGCGCGGAAAGGGAACCUGGUGACGCGGGACUCCCGCUGGGCCCUGACCUUCACGGACUUCACGGGGCCGGAGGAGGCGAGGGAGGUCCUGGACCCGUCGCUGUCCGUGCCGCUGACCACCCUCACGCUGCAGGAUCGGAUCUGCUGCCUCGUGGCGGGGCAGGGCAACUGCACCUGCCAGCAACUGCAAGUGCGGAAGGAGUUCGUGUCCCGCUCGGUGAAGGCGGUCGCGGCCGCCUUCUCCAAGCUGAAGGCCUCGGGGGUGCCCCUGACGACGAAGAGCAUCGAGUGCCCGGUCCCGAACACGUCCAGCUCCAGCGACAACACCAGGGGACGGUUCGAGGCCGCCUUCAAGGAAGAGACCGCGAGGCCGGACUCCUUCGUGAAGCGAGACGGCGACGGCACGGCCCGUCCCGUCCUCCGCUUCCAGCUCCAUUCGCACAACGGCACGACCAGGGAAAAGCUGGGGAACUGGACGCUGGAGACCGGCUUCGCACCGGAGCCCGGCUACACCGCCCACAAGAUCCGGCCCCGCUACCGCGUCGGCACGAUCCUCGACCGGCCCUGGGCCUUCGACCUCCCCCCCGGCAGCCCCGAUCCCCCCUACGACGGCUUCUGCAUCCAGAUGCUGAAGAGGAUGUCGGAACUGAUGGAGUUCGACUUCGACAUCGUCGUCCCCGCGAUCGGAACUUACGGCGCGAAGCAGGAAGACGGAUCCUGGGACGGACUCAUCGGGGAUCUCUACCGAGGGGAGACGGACAUGAUCGUGGCCCCGCUGACGAUGACCUCGGAACGGGAGGAGGUGGUGGACUUCGUCGCGCCCUACUUCGACCAAUCGGGGAUCGGCAUCGUGAUCCGGAAGCCGCACCAGGAGCCGGAUCUGUUCAAGUUCAUGACGGUGCUUCGGCUGGAAGUGUGGCUGAGCAUCCUGGCCGCUCUCCUGGUCACCGGGAUCCUCAUCUGGCUCCUCGACACCUUUUCGCCCUAUUCGGCUCAGAACAACAAAGAACUCUACCCCUACGAAUGCAGGAAGUUCACGCUGAGCGAGAGCCUGUGGUUCGCGCUGACCUCGUUCACGCCCCAGGGGGGAGGGGAGGCGCCGAGGGCUCUGUCCGGGAGGAUCCUCGUCGCGGCUUACUGGCUCUUCGUCGUGCUCAUGCUGGCCACCUUCACGGCCAACCUGGCCGCCUUCCUCACCGUGGAGAGGAUGCAGAAUCCGAUCGGCUCCCUGGAGGAAUUGGCCCACCAGUCCAAGGUGAACUACACCGUGCAAAACGGGACGAGCACGAAACAAUACUUCGAGAACAUGGCCAACGCCGAGGACGAGCUCUACAGGAUGUGGAAGGAGAUGGCGCUGAACGGGAAGCCGUCGACCGGGAAGGAAGACCCGAACCGGUUCCGCGUCUGGGACUAUCCGGUCAAGGAGAGGUACACGCACAUGCUCAAGGUCAUCAACGACGUCGGGCCGGUCGCCUCGAGGAGCGAUGGAUACUCUAAGGUCAGAAAUACCCUGGACGGAUCGUUCGCGUUCCUGGACGACGUGGCCCACAUCCGCUACGAGGUGAACAACGACUGCAACCUGCUGGAGGUCGGGGACCCCUUCGCCGAGCAGCCCUACGCCAUCGCCGUCCAGCAGGGAUCCCACCUCCAGGACGAAAUCUCAAAGACGAUCCUGACGCUGCAGAAGGACCGGUUCUUCGAGACCCUGCAGAGCCAGUUCUGGAACUCGAGCAAGCGGGGGCCCUGCCCCAACACCAACGACAGCGAGGGGAUCACGCUCCAGAGUUUGGGCGGAGUGUUCAUCGCGACGCUGGUGGGGCUGGCGAUCGCCAUGGCGACGCUGGGCGUCGAGGUCUACCUCCAGCGGAAGAGGCAGGGCAAGGUCACGGACAAGGGCAAGGCCAGGGACAAGGACAAGAGCCCCGCGAGGAUCACGCCGCGCGUCUCCAUCGCCGGGAUCGGGAAGUACUGAUCCCGACGCUCCCGCCAUCUACCUUCACCUUUUGCAAGCUCUCGUUUCUCCCGCCUGCCGAGAGAUGGCUCUGCACUCUCCAUCCACCGCUCCAACCUUCUUUCACGCUUUGUAGAAAGACCGAGGUGUGAAAAGCACGAUGUGUAACUUGCACUAGCGACACCAUGCAAAAAAAACCUCAUAUUCGCUAAAAAUUUCGCAAAUAUUCUGGGAAUAAAUUUUGUUCUGGG